CGAGGUGCCCGGAUUAGCGCUGCCAUCCUGCGCAUAUAAACAGGAUAUCAAGCGGACAACAGGAGCAUUCAAAGACAAAACGUCAAAGCAUAAACAACACAACGCACAAGACAUGCAGCACUCACAGAAUAUGGAAACCGUCAUCAAUUCGUCCAGUUAUGUGCAUAAGAAGUUUGCGGCACACAAGCGCAAGCGGGAUGUGGACCAGAUUCUGGAUCAGAACAAGGAGAACAUGACGUUAGAUACGCCACCCUGCAAACGUCGCCAGAUGAAGGGUUUCUUUCGCCCAUGGCUGGACAACGAACUGAAUAUCGAAGCCACCGCCUCCAGCAACAAAACAAGCGACGCCUCCAACCAGAAGCUGUCCGGUGUUGCUUCAACUCCUGCUAGUACCUACCACGCCAACAUGGUGCGUCGCUGUCAGACACCGCACCAACGGAGCUCCAAGGAGCAGCGUCGUCGGGAUCGCAAUACCUUGGCGUGUCUUCUGAGCCGGCGGGCCAAGCAGGCGCAGGAUGCGCACCUGGCGCAGCAAUACGAACAGUAUCGGGCCCAACAAACAGCCAUAAUGGAGCAACAGGUCCGCUUCAGUCUCUACUAUCGCCAGCUGCUACAGCAGGCCGUCUUCCAGCGGGGAGUAACUGCCGCUGGCCUGCAACUGCCCCACCAGCAGCAGCAGUUCCUACAGCAAAUGGCGCUUUCGCAGCAACUACUGAUCUUUGGGUCCCAGCACUGAGUCCAACUCGUCACAUAUACAAUAUGUUACAUAAUACCCCAUAUAGCCAUUGAUUGUGAUUUAGUUGCUUAAGCAUUAAUUUAUUUUUUUGUUGACUUUCAAAAUAAAAUUAAAAACUAUUUUGUAAA